AUCACUUCUAAGUUCUAAGAGUUUAUUUAUAAUAUUUUGAUGCAGCAAGAAUGGUAAAUAUACUGUUCUCCAGAGGCUACACCACCAUGUCUGUCAUAUUGCUGCUUAUUGGAAUGUUAGCGUUCACUGAAGUAGAAUUAACGGCUGCACAAACCUUGGGUGCUUGUUAUGGGGCAAAUGGAAACAAUCUCCCACCACCACAAGAAGUAGUGGAUUUAUACAAAUCAAACGGCAUUGGAAGAAUGCGGAUAUACGAUCCAAAUGAAGGUGCCCUUCAAGCCCUUAGAGGUUCAAACAUUGAGGUGAUCCUUGGUGUCCCUAAUGACAAACUUCAAUCUCUCACCGAUGCUGGAGCUGCCACAGAUUGGGUCAAUACAAAUGUCAAAGCUUAUUCAGCUGAUGUCAAAUUUAAGUACAUUGCAGUUGGUAACGAAGUUGAACCAAGUGACACUAGAGCGAACUAUGUUCUUCCCGUUAUGCAAAACAUUCAAAAUGCAAUUUCCUCAGCCAACUUACAAGGCCAAAUCAAGGUCUCCACGGCAAUAAAAACUAGUCUUGUAGCCAACCCUUACCCACCCAAUAAUGGGGUUUUCAGUGAUAGUGCAAUUCAAUAUAUAAAGCCUAUAGUUGAUUUCCUAGCGAGUAACGGGGCACCACUUCUUGCAAAUGUGUACCCUUACUUCUCCUAUGUUGAUGAUCAUCAACAACACAUAAGUCUUGAAUAUGCAUUGUUUACUCAACAAGGAACAAACGAGGUUGGGUAUCAAAACCUGUUUGAUGCGUUGUUGGAUUCUCUCUAUGCUGCUCUUGAAAAGGCAGGGGCAUCCAAUGUGAAUGUUGUUGUAUCUGAGAGUGGGUGGCCAUCUGAUGGUGAGGUUGCAGCCACAAUUGAGAAUGCUGGAACUUACUAUAAGAAUUUGAUUAAUCACGUCAAGGGUGGGACUCCAAAGAGGCCAAAUUGGCCCAUAGAGACUUACCUUUUUGCUAUGUUUGAUGAAAAUCGUAAGGAUGAUCCAGAAACUGAGAGACACUUCGGCCUUUUUAGACCUGACAAAUCUCCUAAGUACCAACUCACUUUCAAUUGAACAUGCGUUACUUUGUUCUCACUUAGAAUAAGGGUACCUCUUCCCCAUGAAUUUACCGGAAUGUAACAUGUACUAAUUGAUGCUUCCGACAAAUAAUUAUCUACAACUUAUCAAAAUCUCAAAAAAUAACAAAUCAUUUUGUCCCU